GCGACAUGAGGCUCAGAGGCCUCGGCCCCUUUAGCCGGCCGUGUUGGAGGGGGCUGUGCGCGCGCCGCCGCGUCGCCAGGCUACGGCCUUCGUGUCCGCUGUGGGGCCUUCUGGCAGCUGCCCUCUUUCUGGUUUGGAAAUGGAUGUUCUUGUCUUUUGGAAGGGGAGGGCGGCUUUUGGACGAGCUCCCGGCUCUGGGACCGGAACCCAACCCACUUCUUGAUGUCUCCGGUCUCCCUCGCUUUUCCGCGAUUAGGCCAGCUCACGUUGUUCCUGGGAUCCUGCAGGCUGCCAAGGAGCUUCAGAAGGCGCUGGAAGACUAUGAAGCACAUUUACUUGGGACAGAAAAUGGGUCAGGCACCUGGGAAUCUGUGGAGGAGCCACUGGAGAAGCUGCAAUUCCCCAUCUCCUACAGCUGGCAGAUUGUGAACCACCUGCUGAUGGUGAAGAACUCACCUGAGCUCAGAGAAGCACAUCAGCAGGUUCAGCCCCUCAUGAUGAACCUCACGUCGCAGAUAGCUCAGAGCCUCCCCAUCUACAACUCCUUCAAGGAGCUGAGCCGACUCCCUGGGCUGGUCCAGGCCCAGCGCCGGAUCCUGGCUGGGUUCCUGAGGGCCGCCCGGCAGAGAGGUGCCGAGCUGGCCCGGCCACAGAGAGAGCGGUUCAACGCCGUCAGCCUGAGACUCGCCAACCUCUCCACCGCCUUUGUACACAGGGUCUUGGAUGCCACCAAAGCCUUCUCGCUGCUGCUUAGAGACAGGGACAGUGUGGAGGGGCUCCCAGCAUUUGCUCGCAUGUUACUGGCCACCAAUGCUGUGGCUGGGACCGACCAAAGCAGCCCCGACCCCGACGCCGGCCCCUGGAGAGCAACCCUGGACGCUCCCAGCUACGAAGCCGUGAUGAAGCACAGCCCAAACCGCGAGUUGCGUCAACAACUGUACCGAGCUCGGGUCACCCGCGCUCCCGGCAACAGAGGCCUGGUUGACGAGAUUCGGGCACUCAGGCAAGAAGCAGCUGGGAUCCUUGGCUACCAGAGCUACGCAGACCUUUCUUUGGUUUCCAAAAUGGCAGGGCGGAAGGAAGCCGUGUGGACGUUUCUGAAUUAUCUUCACAACAAGAGUUAUCAUGUGGCCAAGGCAGAGCAAGAGUCUCUACAGAAGUUUGCCCAAAGGCAGGGCCACCUUGCGGAGCUGGAGCACUGGGAUGUGGCGUUCUGGGCAGAGAGGCAGCGUGAAGCCUUGUUUAGGCUGAAAGAUGAAGAAGUGAGACCAUAUUUCCCACUGGAACGAGUCCUGUCCGGCCUUUUUAAACUGUGCACUGACAUCUUUGGGGUCACAAUCCACCCAGCGGAUGGGGCUGCGGAAGUAUGGGCAUCCUCUGUCCGCUUCUUCUACGUCUAUGAUGAGAAAGGGACUCCCAUCGCCUCCUUCUAUCUGGACCCUUAUUCUCGCCCCCAGGAGAAAAAGGAAGGGGCCUGGAUGCUGAAUUUUAUCUCCAGGAGCCGUCUCCUUCACCAUACACCUGUGGCUUUCGUGGUCUGUAACCAGAUUCCCCCGGUGGGAUCUGCACCCUCCCUGAUGUCCUUCACUGAAGUCAUAACACUUUUCCAUGAGUUUGGCCACGCCCUCCAGCACAUGCUGAGCACCGUUCCCUACGCCGAGGCCUCGGGCAUCAACAACAUAGAGUGGGACGUGGUGGAGGCGGCCUCCCAGUUUCUGGAGAACUGGCCGUAUGACUGGAACACCCUCGUCACCCUGAGCGGCCACUACCAGACUGGAGAACGGCUUCCAGCAAGCCUGUUUCGGGAGAUCCGCAGAGCCCGUCAUUACCUGAGUGGCUCGACCCUGCUCUUCCAGCUGUAUCUGGCUGCUCUGGAUAUGGAGUUGCACAGCAGCACAGACCCCUGGCCGGCCGUGAAGAGCAGAGUGGCAGAGAAGUUUACCGUCCGAAAACCUUUACCGGAGGACUGCAUCCUGUGUACCUUCACCCACAUCUUUGGGGACGACUCCUAUGCCGCAGGAUAUUACUCUUACAUGUGGGCAGAGUUGCUGGCUCAGGACGAGUUUGAGGCCUUCGCGGAAGUUGGAUUACAAAACCGAGAAAGGCUCGCCAAGGUUGGACGCAGGUACAGAGAUACGGUCCUGAGCUUGGGAGGCAGCAUUUCCCCACAGGAGGUAUUCCGUAAAUUCAGAGGUCGCGACCCCUCCCCAGAUGCACUUCUUCGCACUUACGGCCUUUUGGAAGCCCCAGACCGUUACCCGUGAAGAUGAAUCUCGAUCAAGAAACAGUCAUCGACGCAAACUGGAUCGAGAAGGGCUGGGACGGGCAAGCCUUGUGCUUUUGAAAGCAGUACAGUUCUAUGUAAUAAGACUUUAUUUUGUUUUCAAAAUAAUUAUUUCACUGGCAAAAGUCUAAAAUUUUUACAGUUUGGGAUUUUUGCAUCUC